UCUAUCCAUGCGCAGUGCGAUUAUUGAUUAUUCAAAAUUGUUAUGACAGUUUUCUAACCUCUAAAAUGCUCCGUUUCAGAACGCAAAAAAUUGAAGAACCAUUCAUUUAAUUUAAAAUACUCAUCGAAACGCCAACAAUAUGAUAUUUUCGGAUCCACUGCUUUUCGCUUUUUCUCUUUUAAACACCGGAGCAGUAUUAUUUCUUCUGGUCUAUUUUGUAAUUACUUUGUCUGAUUUAGAAUGCGACUAUUUAAACGCUCAAGAAUGUUGCUCGAAACUGAACCAGUGGAGUCUCCCUAAAUUGAUAGCUCAUGGGUUUUUAUCGUUUCUGUUUUUAAUUCACGGCCAUUGGAUUUUAGCACUGCUAAACUUGCCAAUGGCAUUUUGGAUGGUGUAUGAGUUAGUAUCAGUGCCAAGUGGAAAUUUGGGGAUCUAUGACCCCACAGAGAUUCACAAUAGAGGUCAAUUAAAGAAGCAUAUGAGGGACUGUAUGAUUUAUUUAGGAUAUUAUUUACUGUUCUUUUUUGCGUAUCUGUACUGCAUGAUUGUGGCUUUGUUGAAAGGUGAUCCCCUCAACAGAGACGAUCAGUUUGAAGCCGACUUAUAGUGUAAUAGGUUUAUUCAAAUAAAACAUAAAUUAUC